GAGAAGGAACGGAAAAAUAGGUAUGAAGGGAUGCGAUUAAAAAACGGAAUUUCAGUUUCAAGUAUGUCACUUUAUAUAAUUGUCAAAGGUAUUUUUAAUUAUGAGGGAAGCAGAACGUACUGUCAUUCUGUAGAAGGACUUGAUAUCGCGCUUCAAUCAUCUUUUAAUGACAAUUUUCACCUUAUGGGAAGUUUUGACCUUAUGCGAAGUGGUGAAUUACCACAUCAUUUGAGUGAAUAUCAGAAACCAAUGUGUGAAGUAUUGAAUUUUUUUGCUAAAAACGGUUAUCGCGUUAUCUCUUCUACGUACGCUAAAGCAGCUUUGAGACCAAAUAAAAAUGGUCUGCCAGAAGAUGGUAUGAUAUGGACAUUGGAAAAAAAAAUGUCAUAG